CCACGCCUGGGGUACCCCGGACAUGCAAAAAAUGCAGUGAUUUUUUUUUUUUUUUUCCGACUUCGGCACCUUGUUGUGCGUUCUGAGUGCUGCUGAUAUCCAGCCCCGUUUUCAAUUUUCAUGCAUAUUGCGGGAGGGAGGAGGGAGCGAGGAGGAAGGACUACGGCGGGAGGGAGGAGGGAGGAGGGAGGACUAUGGCGGGAGGGAGGAGGGAGGACUAUGGCGGGAGGGAGGAGGGAGGACUAUGGCAGGAUGGAGAAGGGAGGGCUAUGGCGGGAUGGAGGAGGUAGGACUAUGGUGGGAGGGAGGAGGAGGAAGGAAUGGAAGAGGAGGGAGGGGGGGGGGGGGGGGGAGGAGGGGGGGGGGGGGGGGGGGGUAGGGGGGGAGGGGGGAGGGAGGAGUAUGGUGGGAGGGGGCAGGAGGAAAGGGUGCCACGUCGAAGGAGGGAGGAGGGAGAAGGGAGAAGGGAGAAGAGAAGCUAUGGUGGACAACGAGGGAGGGAGACAAUCUGGCGGGAGGGAUAAGGGAGGAGUAUGGUGGGAAGGAGAAGGCAGGAGGGGGAUGAACGAGGGAGGAGAAUGGCGGGAGGCGGGAGGGAGGAGUAUGGCGGAAUGGAGGAGGGAGGAGUAUGGCAGGAGGAAGGAGGAGGGAAGGGUGCCACGUCGAAGGAGGGAGGAGGGCAAAGGGAGAAGAAAAGCUAUGGUGGACAGCGAGGGAGGGGGACGAUCUGGCGGGAGGGAGAAGGGAGGAAUAUGGCGGGAGGGAGGAGGGAGGAGGAAGGCUAUGGCAAAGGAGGAGAGAGGGAGUCUAUGGAGGGAGGCAAUGGAGAGGAGAGGAGGAGGCCGGCGGAGGGAGGCGAUGGAGAGGGGUGGGGAGGAGAGAGGGAGCCUAUGGCGGAGGAGGGAGUCGAAGGGUGCUGAAGAGCCGAGGAGGAGGGAGGCAAUGGAGAGGAGAGGAGGAGGCCGGCGUAGGGAGGCGAUGGAGAGGGGUGGAGGAAGGCGAUGGAGAGGGAGGAAGGAGGGGCGCUAUGAGAAAGGAGGGAGCAGGGGGGCUAUGGCGACCAUUCACGUAGGGGUGGUGGGGGCCUAUGGCGGAAGAGGGAGGGCGGGCGUCAUGGAGAGGGGAGGAGGAGGGAGGCGAUGGCCCCCCCUGAAGGAAAGAGGGAGGAGAUGGGCGCCACAGAAGAAGAAGAAGAAGAAAGACGAAGAAACGAAAAAGAUGAACAAGAAGACGAAGAAACGAAAAAGAUGAACAAGAAGAAGAAGAAACGAAAAAGAAAAACACGAAGGAGAAGAAAUUAACAAGAAAAAGAAGAAGUGACUAAGAAGUAAUGAAAAAGAAGAAGAUAC